AUGACUGGGUCCGGACUGAGGUCACCACUAAAGUUCCUGGCCACUGCUAUACAGUUCCUCGCACAGUGUGUCAAGCCUCUGAUUACGGUGUUUGAACGUCGACUCUCACUGUACGUUCUCGACAUCCAACUUCAAGCAAGACGUUCAACUUCAGGAAAAGUAGCCAGUAUCAACCGCGGUCAAGAAACUACUGACGAAGACAUGUCUAGUCACUCGCCAAAGACAUGGCUGAGCACCGCCGAAGCAGUCGCCUCGAGAAUCUUGCUUGAAUUCUCAACAACCCGUAUCCCCCCAAUCCUGCUUAGUGCCAACACAGCAUCGAAUCGACAAGGCUCGGCAACGAUCACUGGCAGAUGCAACCGUGGGGUUAUGGAGCAUGGCGUGCUUGUCAUUGGAAAGCCUGCCGUCUUCUGUCAAGAUUUUGGUCCCAUCCUCUUGCACGUUAGCGGCCCUCGUGAUAUGCACGUAAUUCGCCGAUCAAUGGCUGCUGAAGGGGCCCGGCUACGCGCGGAGGCCUUCCAGGUAAGCGGGGAUGUUGCUCGCGGGGUUGUGACUGCCUCUACCCCUCUGCGGGCGGGACGACGUCAUCGGCCGUCGCAACCUUCCACGUACCGCAGUGACCCGCCUCAACUCACAUUACCAAAGACUCUCAAACUAAACCACCCAAGUACUCAAACACCAGUCAAAAUGGCCGACAAGGUUAAGGAACUCGUCAACAACAUCACCAAGGGUGACAACUCCGACAAGGAGAAGGAGUUCAGCACUCAGCCCAUCAAGGAGGGUGGUGUCGACCCCAAGUUUGCUGCUCACCAAGCGCACCCCGGCCCUGCCGUCCCCAAGGACUUCAACGCCCAAGAGGAGGGAACUAAGGAGGAGCGCCGAGCCAAGGCGGAGGCUUUGAACAAAUAA